AUGCCUUAUUCUUUUCAUAGUCACUCGGGUCAGUUUUGUAAACAUGGUUAUGGUCUUUUAGAAGACGUUGUCAAGGAAGCUAUCCGCAAAGGAUUUCACACUUAUGGUUUAAGCGAACAUAUGCCUCGAUAUGUCGAUACAGAACUCUAUCCUGAAGAAAUCGAUGCACAAUGUACACCUAAAUCAUUGGAGACAACCUAUCAUGAUUUUCAAGUAGAAGCAAAACGUAUUCGAGAUGUAUACAAGGACAAGAUAAACCUCUUGAUUGGAGCAGAGAUCGAGUUUAUCACGCCCAAUUAUGCAGACCAUGUUGAGAAGCUAAGACAAGCACAUCAUAUCGAGUAUGUGAUUGGUUCUCUUCACCAUGUUAAUUCGAUACCUAUUGAUUUUUCGCUUGAUUUUUUCAAUCAAGCAUUGACACAGAUAGGCGGUCAAUUAACACAGCUGUAUAUUCGCUACUUUGAUGAACAAUAUGCCAUGCUUCAGUCUGUCAAGCCAGAAAUUGUGGGUCAUUUUGAUCUCAUUCGACUCUUUGCUAAUCAAACUGUAGCAGACGCAACACUAUUAGACCCUGAAGUUUGGAAAUGCUUGACACGCAAUUUGGAUUAUGUUAUUGCAUAUGGUGGAUUGUUUGAAAUCAAUUCAAGAUCCUGGAAGAAGGGUUUACGUGAUGCUUACCCACAAAAAGACAUUAUACAAGCCAUUCAACAAAAGGGUGGUAAAUUCACACUUUCUGAUGAUUGCCAUGGACCUAACGAUGUUGGUCUGUAUUAUGAAAAGCUACCAGUUUAUUUGAAAGAAACAGGCAUUGAUACACUAUACUAUUUGGCAAACCAAAAUGGAAAGGUUGUUGUAAAGGAGCACAAGGAUGUAUUAGACGACGCAUUUUGGAGCAAAAUAAAAGACUGGUAA